AUGGAAGAAGAAAAGAUGAAUUUGAGACUAGACAUGGAUGUUCGGAAGCUAGAAACCGAAAAAUUAAGAAAAGGGAGGAACAAAGCUGAAGGAGAUUUGGAUAGUUUGAAAAUUGACUAUAAGAUGUUGCGUUGUUCGGUGAAAGCUGCCGGGUUGGGGAAAACUUCAGAGCAGUGGUGUCAGGAAAUUCAAGAGGAAAAGAUCAAGGCCGAUAGAUGGGAAAGGAAGUUCCAAGAGGCCCAGAUACGAAAUGAGACCCUAGAGAAGAGUUUGUUAAAAAGCCGAAAUGAAAAGGAUGAGCUAAAAGCUAGAGUGGUUGAACUUGAGAAAACUCUUUAUCAGUAUCGAAACCGUAAUUCUACAAUGGAGCUAAGAGCAAGCUUAGAAAAGAUUGAGCAAAUGAAAAGAAGAGUGGAAGAAUUAGAAGUGGCAUUACAAAGAUGUGAAAUGCGGAUUGAAUUCCUUGAAGCCAGUGAAGAGCGUUAA